GUCAUCGUACUUUUGGUUCUGAUGGUCCAUUGGAUGGGAAUAAGCAGUCACGCGGACAUCCAGUUCGUGGAAUACUUUGCUGGUGUAGGACGACUGGCGCAGGUUGCCGAAGGAGGAACCAUUGUACUUGAGAAUCCUAUGAAUAGCCUCAUCGCCCUCCAUGAUCGCUACGUUUGGAUGGUCAAGCUGCUGAGGAUGUAUACCUACAGCUACGCUGGUCACUUCGUUCGCCUACUGCCUGAUUUCUUCGAAGAUGAACCUGCAGAACGCUUGCCGGAG